UCCCAUACACAAAGAAAGAAAGAAAUAGUAGAUCCCAGCCAAAUUAUUCACCCAUGGCAACCAGUACUCCAGUUAGCAUCCCCUCUAAAAUGAAGGCAUGGGUCUAUGGCCAGUAUGGGAAACCCGAGGAUGUCCUUAGAUUGGAAUCCGAGGUUGAUGUUCCUGAAGUAAAUGAUGAACAGGUUUUGAUCAAAGUAGCUGCUGCAUCCCUGAAUCCAGUCGACAUCAAAAUGAUGGCUGGUUUAUUUAAGGCCACUGAUUCUCCUGUGCCCACUGUUGCGGGAUAUGAUGUCGCGGGCGUGGUGGUUAAAGUUGGAAGCAAAGUAAAGGAAUUCAAUGUCGGGGAUGAAGUAUAUGGAGGCAUUCACGAGCAUGCUUUGAAUAACCCAAAGGGAUCUGGGUCACUGUCAGAGUACGCUGCAGUGGAGGAGAAGGUAGUAGCUUUGAAGCCCAAGAAUUUGAGUUUUGCUGAGACAGCUAGUCUUCCUCUUGCCGUUGAAACAGCGUACGGGGGCCUUGAACGCGCAGGGUUUUCAGCUGGUCAAUCCAUUCUCGUUCUGGGCGGUGCUGGUGGAGUCGGAUCUUUGGUCAUUCAGCUGGCAAAGCAUGUCUUUGGUGCAUCCAAAGUGGCAGCUACUUCUUGCGCUGGGAAACUGGAGUUGCUUAAAACCUUAGGUGCUGAUUUGGCAAUAGACUACAAAAGGGACAAGUAUGAAGAUUUGCCAGAGAAAUUUGAUGUGGUAUAUGAUACCGUUGGCGAGAGUGGCAGGGGUAACAAGGCAGUAAAAGAAGGCGGAAGCGUGGUGACAAUCGUGGGGGGCAGGCCAGUGGUUCCCCCUGCCUUCGUAUUUGAUGUCACUUCAACUGGCACUGUCUUAAACACACUCAAACCUUUCAUAGAGGAGGAGAAACUGAAGCCGGUGAUUGACCCUAAAAGCCCAUUCCCAUUCUCUCACACCAUUGAAGCAUUUUCCCAUCUUCAAACUGGCAGAGGUACCGGCAAGGUGGUCAUAUAUCCAAUUCCCUGAUCACUAAUCAUUGCCCCGAAUCCCUGGACGCAUCAUAAACUUUUACUACUAAGGUGGCGUUUGGUUUUGGAAAUUUUAUGAUGUACAUACAUGUAUUGUAUCACGAAUCAAAUGAUUCUAAGAUGUACAUACAUGUAUUGUAUUAUGAAUCAAAUAAUUCUAAGAUGUACAUACAUUGUGAUAAAUGUAUAUUCAUUCAUAAUUUAUAUUAAUGUAUGUGGGGUUCGUUGAAUGUAA